AACAUAGACAUUCGUAAAGGUUGCGGACAUGCGGUUUUCAGUGCAGCACUGAUCCUCGUGAACGCAGCAGACAGCGGAGGACAUGGGACCGUGAAAGUAUGGCGGAUGUCGAGGAGCCGGAGAAGAAGAGAAGGCGAAUAGAGGACCUGACUGAGAAAAUGGCCGUGGAUGGUAUACACAGUGACUCUGGUUGUGACUGGGAGGGGCGAUGGAAUCACGUGAAGAAGUUUUUGGAGAGACCAGGACCAUUUACCCACCCUGACUUUGAACCAAGCACUGAGACUUUGCAGUUCUUGUUGGAGACAUGCAAGAUUCUGGUUAUUGGUGCCGGAGGACUUGGAUGUGAACUGCUCAAAAAUCUGGCCCUUUCUGGUUUUCGUAUUAUUCAUGUGAUUGACAUGGACGUAAUUGAUGUGUCCAAUCUCAACAGGCAGUUCCUCUUCAGGCCCAAUGAUGUUGGACGGCCGAAAGCAGAGGUAGCUGCUGACUUUAUUAACAGACGUAUCCCCGGAUGUAAAGUUGUUCCUCACUUUAAAAAGAUCCAAGACUUUGAUGACUCUUUCUACAGACAAUUCCACAUCAUUGUCUGUGGGUUGGACUCCAUUGUUGCCAGGCGCUGGAUGAAUGGAAUGCUGAUUUCUCUUCUGAGCUAUGAUGAUGGAAUUCUGGAUCCCAGCUCCAUUAUUCCCCUCAUUGAUGGCGGGACAGAGGGUUUUAAAGGAAACUCUCGUGUAAUUCUACCUGGCAUGACCGCAUGCAUCGAUUGCACAUUAGAGCUCUAUCCACCACAGAUUAAUUUCCCUAUGUGCACCAUCGCAUCAAUGCCACGGCUUCCAGAACAUUGCAUCGAAUAUGCCAGAAUUUUGCAGUGGCCCAAAGAAAAGCCAUUUGGAGAUACCAGUUUAGAUGGAGACAACCCAGAACACAUUCAGUGGGUGUUUGAAAAGGCCCAACAAAGAGCUGCAGAGUUUCACAUCUCAGGAGUGACGUACAGACUCACUCAAGGAGUUGUGAAGCGGAUCAUCCCUGCUGUAGCGUCGACUAAUGCGGUUAUUGCUGCUGCCUGCACCACUGAAGUUUUUAAAAUUGCUACAAGCGCCUACAUUCCUUUAAAUAAUUAUAUGGUCUUUAACGAUGUGGACGGACUGUACACCUACACUUUUGAAGCAGAACGAAAGGAGAAUUGUACAGCAUGCAGCCAGGUGCCUCAGGAUCUUCAAUUUCCUCCUUCGGCCAAAUUACAGGAGGUUUUGGAGUACCUGACUGAGAACACCUCUCUACAAAUGAAAUCCCCAGCCAUCACCACCACUCUGGAAGGGAAGAACAAGACACUGUAUUUACAAUCUGUUAAGUCCAUCGAGGAACGAACAAGGCCGAACCUCUGCAAGACGUUGAAAGAGCUGGGAUUAUCAGAUGGACAAGAAAUAGCUGUGGCCGAUGUCACCACGCCCCAAACGGUGCUCUUCAAGCUAAAUUUCACCGCCUGUUCAUAAGGCUGAAAUCAUAAUGUUUUUGCUGGAAUAUUUGAUAUGGCGUUGUAAAUAGGAUGACUCCGGUCUCAUGAGAGGCAGGAAUAGCUGUUAAAUGGACACUGAAUUACAUUACACUCUUUUUCUGUUAGUAAGUGUGCGUCCUCCUUUCUGUAUUGGUAUUGUUUUGAGUUAUAUUGCAGCUCCUGUGUUUCUCUGCCAGUCAGUUGAAUACGUUAUGGUGUACUAUGGUGUAAUAAAGUUUUAUUAUGGUGCCUGUAGGUUGAGAGACGGUUAAUUUGUAACAUAUUUUCACCAGAUUUCUGUCGCUUAUGGUAUGUUCAGCAGCAGUGUAGAUACGGCGUUCAUAUUUAAGGACCAUGAAUUGUAUUAAAAGAAACUGUCAUCCGUAAAACAGUGCGAC